AUGGUCAGGAAAAACUUUAUCCCGUCUGUGUCACUAGUCAGGAGGCACCUUCCUACACUAGCUACCACUACGACUAGUUCAACUACCGUAUCAAAGUCCACGUCAAGUGUAGCGUCCCAAACGAGUUCUAAAUCCCUCCCAUCUUUGGCAUCCUCGACUUCUUCGGCACCCUCGUCUUCCAGUGGGACAACAUCAUCCUCAUCACUAGUUGUUCCUAGCAUAACACCCCCAUCUACAAUAGGGAACCCGUUCAUAUUAAAUGCUGCUAAUAAAACCAACGGUACUGUAUACAUUGCUGUGGGUGCAGUCAUAGGUGCCAUUUUCGUCAGUAUCCUUAUAUGGUGGCUAGUGUCCAAUUACUUGUCUCGUCGUUUCACAAUGACAACUUCUUACGCAAAGGAUAAUAAGUAUUUUUACAGAGGGCAUCACAAGCAUAGUUCUUCCUUACAAAGUAAUCCGUUCGACAUCAAUGAUGAAAAAUUCUCUAUGCAUGAUGACUGGGAUUCCAUGAGCCAAUUGGAGUCUAGCCAAUAUGAGGAUGCUGCCUCACCAUUCAACCCAAUUCAAGAUCCGUUCACAGACAACAGAAGGUCCUUAUUUAUAUCACCUACUUUACAAGUGUCACAAUACGAAAAAAGUCAUAGCCGUCAUCAAUCAAGAGAUACUAAUAUUUUUAUUGACGACCCAUCCUUAUAUGCGGGCACCUACCUGGGAGAAGAAGAAGAAGAGAAAACGCUGAAUCUAAAUAGACCACAAAGAGCAGCAUCGCCUGAAAGAAAGGAAAAGAAAAUUAACUCAAUGGAAGGCUACCAUAGGAGAAACCAAUCCUCCUUGGGUCUCAUACCCGUUGCUUCUGCCACCUCAAAUACCAGCUCGCCUAAAAAGGCCCAUAAAAGACAGGCGCCAUCGAUGUUUUUGAAUGAUGUCUUGAAUGGUAGAGAGAUAAUCUAG